AUGCAGAUGCAUGAGAUGCAGUACAUUGAAAUGGUUGGCUUGCCGUCAAAAAAAGAGGAAGCCAUUACGAGCCCGAAGACGAACGAGGAACUCAAAGAAAUCAUGCAUCGAGCUUAUUCCGACGAUCCGAAUGCUUUCACCUUGAGUCAGGAACUAAUUGUUGCUCUUGGUUCCUUAGUAAGAACGGAGCCGAAGCUCUUUGUCGAGAUGUUUAGACUACGAAUUGGACUGAUUAUACAGGUUCUUGCUUCAGAGCUGGCACGAAUAAGGAACCUUUCAGCUGCCGACGCAGCCGAAAAUUUGAUGACUAUAAGUCCGUUUGAACUAAAAUCUAUGUUGUUUUCGUUGCUGAGCGGUAGACUCCUGGAAGAGUGA